AUGAAGUUCUUUUCGAGUAUUGCAGAAAACGCAUCAAGUACAUACAAUCAGAGUCAAAAAGAAUACUUCACAAUAUGCUUUUUAUUGAUUUUGAACUAUACUUGUUCCACCAGGUUCAACAUUUCUAAAUUUCUUCUUUUGAUAUCAAAUCAAGUUCCGGAUUGUAAGAUGGAAACGUGUUGGUGUGCCCGAUCAUCUAUUUUUGAGUAUUAUUCAACUCAGAGUAAUUCACUAAACCAGGAAAUAUAUUCGAUCUGCUAUGUUAACAUCAUUAGUCACACUAAUUUGAUGACUUGUUCUACAAUUUCGCUUGGUCAACGUAUAUGA